GCAGCCACAUCCACGCAAAUAGAAGAGCUCUCUCCUCUCCUCCCCUUGCCUUUCCUCUCCUCCACUACAGAGUUCUCUGCAAGACUCUGCAGUCAUAAAGCAGCAACUUUACAGUUUAGGAACUUCCCGGUCUCCACAGAUACCAUGAACAAGGCAGUGUCUCCCGAUUGCUCACUGUGGGUAAAGCUUAUGACAGUUACUGUCACCAUUGGUUUCUUCCUCGUGUCCACUUGCAGUGCUCAGCGGGCUUUGUUCAGGACAGAAUCACAAAGUCCACUCGAAAUGCUGGUGAAAGAAAGAGUGAAGCGAGCUGUUUGCCCACAGGGUAUCAUAACACCCCAGAUGACUACUCAAUUAUUGCUGCCCAUCAGAUACCCCGCUGCCGAUUUAGACCCAUGUUUGAGUGAUGAAGUCCUGGCGAACAACCUCACCCAACUUGGAAACUUGGCCUUUAACGUAGACCAGCUUCUGGUUCUGAAGAGCAGGCUGACCCAGUUAUAUCCCAGUGGGCUGCCACAAGAACAGCUUAAACAGUUGGGCUAUAUAAUAACUGUAUAUGGCCCAGGGGAUGUCAGCAGGUGGAAUAUAACGGAUCCAGACAUUCUUGCAUCUGUAUUACAGAACAGCCCCACUCCGAACCUGACCAAUAUAAUUGUUUCAAACUAUUUGCGAGAACCUGGGGUGCUCAACACAGCUGCACUAAAUGCAAUCGGUGGUAAACUGCUGUGCACUGCCAGCGAAGAGAAACUCAGAACCAUCCUCCCCACUGACCUCAAGAAUACCAACCCACUCAAUAUCUCCACGUGCACCCAGCUGAAGAAAGACAUCCUUUAUGGCAUCGCAAAGGAUGCUUUCGAGGACAGAUCAGGGAACCUCAGCGCCAAUUACAGGCAGAUUAAUUCGUAUCUGGGUGGUGCACCAGCAAUUGAUUUACAGCGUUUAGCUGCAGCAAAUGUCAACAUGGACAUUGAGACAUUUUUGAAUCUCAACCCAGUCGAAGUGGUUAAACUCUCUGCUCAGGAAGUGCGGGACUUACUUGGAGUAAACCUUCCCAAACUGAAAGAGAAUGAAUCUGACCCAUUAGUGCAGGCCUGGAUUAGAACCCACAGCCAAGCAGAUGUGCGGAGCCUGGGAGUCGGGCUGAGUGGAGGAAGGCCAUCAGAACAAGAAUUUGAACUUGGCCAUUUUGAUUUUGCAGAAGGCCACAAUUCAGCUUCCAGCAACCACUUGGGUCUCCAGUGUUCUUUCCUCGUUGGUGUGAUAAUCAUUGCAAUACAGAGAGUGCUGUAAAGUGGACACAGCCAAGCAAUGCUUUCAGCUGUUUUACAUCUAGAAGCAAAUAUCUAACCUCCUGACUAUCAAGAACUUGGUGUUGCAAGUUAAUGUUUGAUGAAAGUUAACUUUGAAUUAAUGUAAUUGUUAGCACUAUGACUGAAUCCUGUUUAUAACAAUGUUAUUUAGACUGGCAAGACAAGUGAGAUUCCUACACUGAGUUGCUAAUAAACGUAAAUUGCUCUUAUAUUAGGAGAUUGGCCUUUUCCGGUUGUUGUUAAAGAUCCUAAUACACAACAAGGGAAAAGGGAGGUUGUGGUUAACAGUCUCCAGAGAGAUUGGUCAUUCACUUCAUGGCUAUUUGUGGGCCCUCCCUAUGUGCAAACUAGCAUUUGCCUACAAAAACAGUCAUUGCGCUCAACAGUAAUUACCUAAAAAGCACUUUGAUAUAUCUAGACAUUAUAGAUGUGAUAGCAAAUACAAGGAAUAUUAUAUUAUUAUUGUUAUUAUUAUUAUCUACAGGGCAGAUUUCUCCUGAUAAUCCUGAAGUCAAAUCCUGUCCAUCUUAUGCGUGUUUAUGUUUUGUGGAGCGAUGAUAUGAAAUUGUAUUUAAAGUUAAAUUUAUAGGUGAGAGGAUUAUUGCUCACAUGGUUUAGAAUGUAUACAAGCAAAUGCUGACAUUGACACUUAUUUAAAUUAUACUUUUACCUUCAUUCACUCCCUUGCAGGUGAUUUGUGAAUAAAAAAUGUGUUAGUAAGGCAAAGUAUGGGACAGCUGUUCUUACAGUAUAAUUGCUGAAGAUGUUAACCCCAGAGAAGAUCGAUUUCAAGAUCCUCGCCCUUGUGUUCAAGUCCCUCCACUCCUCUGG